AAUAUAUUAAAUUUAAUCAUCGGCGCAUAAUAAUAUUCUUAUCUAACCGGUCUGUUGUUGAUCUGCGAGUACAUAUUUGUGCCUGAUAUAAAUAUUUUGUAAUCUCCACGAGUUAUUUGCGUGACCAAGUGAUUAUAUAGCAACUAAACAUGAUUUCGCAUAGCUAUACAUCAGAGCGAAACAGAAAUCACGAAACCCCAUUGGGUGAGGCUGCUAUUUCAUUUCCUCCGAGUGCCCACGAGAUGGGAAGCACAGACUCACCUGACGACAAUCAUUGUGCCGGUGGUUCAUCUUGUGGACUUGUAAGUUCAUUAUUCCCAACAAUUUGCCGUGGUCGUGCCGAAGCAUUUGCUCGACGUCUUCAUCGCCGAUUGACGUCACUUAACGGUACUGAUGCAGAAACUAACUACGAUGAUGACGACGACAUCGAAGAGAAUUAUAAUAACGAUGAAACAUGCAAUGAAAAUAAAAAUUCAAACAAACUCACGACGCGAAAUCCUGUAAAAAAUCACGUCUAUCAACGACAGCCGCAUCAUACAUCAGAGUCUGAUCUGUAUUUUGACUUUGAUCUCUCACCAGACCUAGAAAACGGCGAUACAGAAAUAGGCUCUCCAGAUCAAGUUUUAAAUGCUGCAGAGAUCGCCAGUUUAUUGGUCAAUCACUCAGAUAUUUUAAAAGCGAAUAAGGAUGUCUGUGAUUUUUCAUCUCACACUGAGCAACCAGAGCAAGAAAAUAAUUUAGUGUACUGUGAUUCGGAAUCAGGAUGUGGAUUUUCGUCUCCUUUAAACGGCACUCCUUCAGAUGAUCACAAUAACGAAAUUUAUUUUGAUCCAGUAAGUUCUGAUAAUGAUAAGACACGUUCUGACUGUUUUUACGAUCCUAUUAAUUCUUCUGAAAGCGAUGUUUGUCAUGCGUCUAAUGAUAAAACCAAAUCCGAUUCUCAUAAGCCACCGGGACGCCGAAGAAUAGAUUUGCAUAAAUCACAGAAAACUCAAGAUACAUCGGAAUCAAGUUCUUCUGUUAAAAGUAAUCUGCAACAACUGGACGAGUUGAAUAAAAAAUCAGCAGUGACGUAUAGCUCUGAAGAAUCUCUUGAUAAUGCGAGCUCUUUAGACACAACAUCGCCAAGUCACGAGUCUCUUUGGAGUACUUUUGAUGAUAGUACUGUGUCACUUCAAAAUGACAGCUUAUCAACUCCCCCAUUACCUGAUACUAUUUCUAAGUCAUAUUCAGACUCAGAACUGACUCCACACACUCGUUUACCAGAAAUAAAUGUAGAAUCGGCAUCAUCUAGCGAUGAAGUUGACUGUUUUUAUAGAAAUAAUCACAAUAACGAUAAAAUAAAAUCAUCGGAUUUAGUUUUAAGUUCAAAUGACCUCAGUGCGGCUUCGACGGGUGACAGUUUUUCAACUGACACCAGUAGCAUUGAUAAACCAGACGCUUUAGUUACCGAGUGUCCAUUGGACGAACAAUCGCCAUCGACAAUUAAACCUUUAAAUAACGUAGAAAAUUUAGAAAAUAUAAGUGAUGAAAUAAACGGUAUGCGAAUACAAGAAACAUCAUCACAAGACAGCGACCCACUAGUUAAUAAUAAAGACAAAGCCAUAAGUAAUCUCGAAAUAGAAGAAAAUGAGGAAAUUGAUGAAAAAAAAAAUGAAGAAGAAGAUGAAGAGGGACAUGAGCCGCGACCACUUCGAGUAAGACGAUGCUCGUCUCUCAAGACUGGGAAAACACCCCCUGGAACUCCUGGUAGAAAGAAAAUUGUCCGUUUUGCUGACGCUCUUGGUCUUGAUCUCGCUGAUGUCAGAACAUUUUUAGAUGAAAUUCCAAAAGUGCCUAACUCUGCCUUCUCAGACCUAAGUUAUGAUCAACUUUUCCACAAGGAUUCGAGCCCCGGUUUAUAUGACAGCAGUGGAUCUGAUUACUCUAGAUCGAAUUUAAAUACUUUAAAUAUAAAGCCGGUAACGGGUAGUACGGGAAUGAAAUUUGAUACAAUGCUGGUCCCGCUUUUUCAACAACCAGGAGGUCUUCCGAGUUUCAUGGAUCUUGUGCGAGAGCGACAGGUGUGUCUUGAAAAUGUUAUUGUACAGGAUCCACUGUCGAUGUGUAUCCAAGGAACCGUACGGGUAAAAAAUCUCGACUUCCAUAAAUCCGUCCACAUAAGAUACAGUUUAGAUUCAUGGAAAAGUUACAGCGAUCUACAGGCACUAUAUUUACAAAAUUCAUGUGAUGGGUUUAGUGAUAAAUUUACAUUUCAACUCUACUGUCGUCCCUUGAAAGUCGGCGCGAAACUUGAACUCGCGGUACGAUUUCAGUGUAAGGGUGUUCAGUACUGGGACAAUAACUCAGGUUUUAAUUAUUGCUUCCAAUGUUUACCAACGAGUCAAGCCAUUAAUUACAUACCAAUUACGUCAUCGCAAAACUGCUAUACAAACAAUUGGUCGAUGAAUUUUUACUAAGGCCUAUUUGUUAUAUGAAUAUAUAUUUACUUGUUGAUUAUUCAUAUUUUACAUGGCAAUACAAAAUAUUUUUUUCAAUGACUAAGAAGAAAAAAACGAUCGCAUCGGCUAAGAUAUUUUUAUAUAAAAAGAACAAUAACAGAAUUAUUUACUUCCGAGUGUCCGUCUGUUUUAAACUGGAAAAUAUUUAUUAAGUUUUUUUUUAAAGUCAUAUUUUAACUCAUCAAUAAGUGAGGGAAACAAAAAAAAGAAAAUGCUAAAUUCAUAUUUUUAAGUGUUAUAUUGGGGUCAAAAAAAUUGAUGUAGUCUAAAAGUAGGAUUUCACCUAUUUUUUGUUUUCAAAAUAAUUCUUUGUGAUUUUUUUUUAAAUUUAUUUUUAAGUUGUUUAUUUUAAUCGGACGAAAAAAAAUAAACUAAUCUUCGGCGGUCCACUGGCGAAGCAUUUUUUAUUUUUCGAACGAUAAUGACGCACUCAAAUAUUAAUAAUUUUUCCAAUAAUUCAUAUUUGAGUAAACUAUUAAACGAAAGAAAUCGAAUAUUUUUAACGUCAGAAGAAAUUUUUGAAAAACCGAAAAUAGGUGAAAGAUAAAAUGAUUAUCAAAAUAUAAAAGUAGAAAAUUUUUCGUAUUUGUGUAAAGAAAAAAGUCUGUGUUAAAAAUUUUAUGUUAAAUAUUUAACAUUUUUGUGUGUGAAUUUAACACACGGUUGUUGUGUUGUUUGAUCAGUUCAUUUUUAACACAAAAAAAUGUUAAUUGAAACAAAAGUAACAUUUACUCAGUGUUACUUUCCAAACAAGUGUUAACACUUUUAAAAUGCAACUUUAACAUAGAGCGCGUGUUAAUUCAUUAAAGUAACACAAAGAAUGUGUUAAAUUUACCGUAGUCACUUGUUAAGAUUAACAUACAUUUUUAUAAGUAUCAAAAUAACACAAAUAAGAAUGUUAAAUUAACACUUUACGUGUGUUGCAGAUAACAUUUUAAUGUGUAAAAGUUUCAGAACCGGUAACAGAGAAUAACAUUUAUUUGUGUUAUUUUUUUAACAUUAAUAAAAAUGUUAAAUUAACACUUUACGUGUGUUGCAGAUAACAUUUUAAUGUGUAAAAGUUUCAGAACCGGUAACAGAGAGUAACAUUUUUUUGUGUUAUUUUUUUAACACAAAUGAAAAAUGUUAAAACAACAUAAAAAUUUGUGUAAAAUAUUGUUUUAACACAUAGUUUUGUGUUAAUUUCUACAAAAUUUUUUUUACAGUGUAACAUAAUACUCUGAGACCUUUGACAAAAUAAUAAAUAAAUAAAAAUUUAUCGCUUAUUAAGACUUUAGUCGCUUAUCGGAAAUUAUUUUUAACAUUUACAAAAAUAUGAAACACUGUUAUUUAUAUCAAAAAUGUCUAUAUGUGUGUAUGAAUUUAACAAGUAUUUUUUAAACAACAAGCAUAUUUACGAAGGAAUUAAAUAAAUAUUUGUUUAGUCUCUUAUCAUAGAGAUCAAGCUUAAAAAAACAACACAAUAAUGCAUACCAAGUGUUACAUCACAAGUAUAUCAGUCAUUUACUGUUUAGCGAUAUACAUAUAUAUAUAUGCAUAUAAAUAGAAUCGUUAUCAAUUUGUUAGUGAAAUUAAUGUAAUAGUAAUCUACUUCUAAUUAUGUCUAUAAAAAUUUAUGAUAGUGUUAUAUAUUUUAUAGCACGACGUAGUGAUUAGCGUAAAUAUUUUUUUUUUAUUAACAAUUUGGAUUGUACACAGAAGCAGAAUUUUUUUCUCUCAAAAAAUUUUUUUUUGCUCCAAGAUAAUUUUCGCUUCCAAUUUAAAAUGCGAAAAAUUUUCUGGGGGCGAGUAAAAAUUUUUGGUGGCGAAAAAUUAUUUCUUUCUGUGUAGUAGAGUAGAAUUACCAUUUAUGGCCAGUGCUCCAUUUUUGAACAUUCAAUACUUUAUUUAAAUUUUUCAAGUGUCCAAAAUUGGACCUACAGUGGCCAAAAACGGUACCUCUACCCUAUAUUUUUAUAUAUAUUGCAUAAUUUCUUUGUUCAAUAGAGUUUUCUAGUCUUGUAUUUUUUUUUUAAUUAUAAACCGGCAAUAUGUCAAAAAAUACAUCGGCUCAAAUGAAAUUUACAAUAAUUAUCAAUACUUUUGUGUUAUUACUCAUAAUUAUAAUAUCGUAAUUAGGUAAUAAGGUUAAAUAAAAUAAUUAAUUGUUGAAUUUCUUGUCGUAUAGAUGUUAGAAUUUUUUAGAUUAUGUAUAUAUUUCAAUAUAAUUGAUAUAUAUUAUCUAUUAUUGUUGUAACCUCGUGACAUUACUUUGUUUCGACAAUCGAUAUCACUAUUAUUUUUUUCAAUUAAUUUUAUUAUAACUAUGAAUAAUUAUCUGUAUUUUCGUUAUGCUCGCAAUUGUUAUUUUAUUAUCUAGUUGUUAUUUUGUUUGACAGGGGAGGAGGGAUUUGUACCUGAAAAAUUUAUAAGAUAUUAAACGAAAUAUUAAUAAUAAUUGAUUUAAUAACUGAAUUAAAUGAAAUAUUUUUUACACAUAUUAAUUAAAUUAACUAUCAACAAUAAUUAUAAAUAGCAAUAUUACAACGAAUGUUAAUCCUAAAUUAUGAUAGAUAAGAAAGCCUAUAAAAUAAAGUUAAUUAUUAAGGAGGGAGAGGGGUCUGAGAUACAAAACUAAGAGCAUGUUUUUGUAAAUUUUUUUUCAGAGACCUCCCUAAUUGAAAAUUCCGACUGAAACCGCUGAAUUCCGGUUGACUCCAAUUGAAUCCGAUUGAAAUCCGAUAGACUUUCAAUCGGAAUUCAUUGGUUUCAAUCAGAGUUUUUAAUCAGGGCUUCUUUAUUAAAAUUCUUAAUAUUUGUAACAUUGUUACGCAUCAUUUCAAGAAUAUUCUGCUAAAUUUUCAUACAAAAGUAUUGAAAAAUAAGCCCGUGGUAAACGGGAGAGACGAGUCGCUUUAAAAAAAAAGUCUCCAUGCAGGAGGCUGGAUAACUCAUGACUGCUUCAUUUGAAAUUCAAAAACCAAAAAGAUUUCUUUAGUACAUAAGUUCAUCUUGGAUUUGAACGAAGGAUUUUUUUUUUCAAUUACUACUUAUUUUGUAAUUAAACAAAAGGAGCAAUUUUUGGUAAAAAUCAGAAUCUUUCGAUUGCACCUUUACCAAAAAUUCAAAAAUUAAUAUUUUGUUUAUUCCUUCGUUCAAAUCCAAGAUAAACUUAUGUACUAAAGAAAUCUUUUUGGUUUUUUAGUUUUAGAUGUAGCGGUCAUGAGUUAUCCUGCCUAUCGCAUGAAGGCUUUUUUUUAAGUGACUCGUCUCUCCCCACUACUACUGGCUUAUUUUUCAAUAUUUUUUCAUGAAAAUUUAGCAGAAAAUUCUUGGAAUGAUGCUUGAUAAUGUCACAAAUUUUAAGAAUUUUAAUAACGAAGAUACUCUGAAAAUAAAAUCACAAAAUAUCCUCUUUUUUGUCUCAGACCCCUUUCCUCUCUUAAAUUUAAAAUAUUAUUAUUGUAAAUGUAUGUUUAUAUGUAUUUAAAAUUGUAUAAAUAUAUAUAUAAUAUAUUGGCUGAAUGAAUCUUUUUGAUGAAAAUAAUAUAUGUAAUAAUUAAAGUAGAUAUCACGAGACUGAUAAAAAAUGAAUUGGUAAUCAGAGCGCAUAUUAACUGUAAUGUACAAUUGUAAUAUCUGUAAUUGUCGUACGUUUAUCGAUUAAUAAAUUCAGUGAAAAUAAAUCA